AUGACGUCAUCCGCGCGCCGGCGCGUCAUCCCUACCGUGACGUCAUUCCACGCCAUGGCGUCGCUGUGCGCGGGGACGCGCGACUCGCGCGUGCUCGUGUGCGCGGGGGCGCGCGCGCUGCUCCUCGCGCCCCCCCUCGGCGAAGGAGAAGCGCGAGUGAUGGAGUUCGACACACGCUCGGACACGCAGGGGCAAGCGCCGGGCACUGUGAGUGCGGGCGCGCAGGGCCUGAUCCUGGCCGCCUGCCUCUCGUCCAGGGGGGAUCUCAUCGCCAUAGCCGACGAUUUCAAACGGCUGAGCGUGUUCCACGUGCGGUCCUCCUGGGAGAGGCUUUUCUCCUGCUCGGUCCCACGCUGUUGCACGGCACUGGCAUUGGUUCCCGAUGGGCCCCCGGCGCCCAACGGUGAGAACGGCGGAGCCAGAGACGCGGCUGGGGGGGCGAUCGUGCUGGCCGCUGACCGUGCCGGGGAUGUGUACCACUUCCGAGUCACUCCGGGGUCGCCGGCCCGGAUCGCGGAGGAGGCAGUCAAUGGACAACCCCUCCUGGGACAUCUUUCCAUGCUGUUAGAUUUGGCAGUGACGGAGGAUGCUCGCUUUGUCGUCACGUCUGACCGCGAUGAGAAAGUGCGCGUGUCUCUACUGGACGCUCCUCACAACAUCCACACCUUCUGCCUGGGCCAUACCGCGUUCGUGAGCCGAGUGACUCUGAUGAAGAAUCAUCCAGAUAAGCUCCUCACAGGUUCUGGGGAUGGUACAGUGCGCCUGUGGGACUUGACCUCUGGCCGGGAGAUCAGCUCCUGCAACCUCAACCCAAGCCCUACCGAGCAGCACAAGGAGCAUCCCGUGUCCUGCGUUGCGCACACGGCGACGUCGGACAUGAUCGCCGUUGUUUGUGAAGGACUUCCUGGAGUUCACCUCCUCCACUUGGUGAACUGUGACGAGGAAGGCAGAGAUCCCACAAUGCACAGGUUGGGCGAGAUGCUCGCUCCUGAUUGGCCUGUGAUGAGUGCCUCCUUUGACGGCCAAUCACGGCUCUGGCUGUUGGGCGGCCGCCCCUGCCUCUGUGUGCGUGUCUACGCUGCACGGCAUGAAGGGAAAUUUGAGCUUCUUCCUCUGUCUGAAGCGGAGUCAUUGUCUCGCUCCCUCGCACAGAUGCCCGAAGAAUUACCAGAGUCGGCGUGGUCGAGCUUCUCGGCGCUGUACCGGCACCCGAUCGACGGCUCCGAGGUUUACUUCCAGCGCAAGGAGGAGCGUCUUGAGAAACGCAAGCGCAAGCACUAGAAGCCGCCACCCCACCCAACGGAAGAUGGUUCUGGCACUGCUUUGCCGAUGCCUACCAGUGAAUGAUUUCGUUUCCCCCAAAAGCUCGCACUCGUUGAAAACUGCCACGGAAACUUCAAAUCGGACACACAAAGACGCGGGUCACGUGACUAUGCCUAGGCUGUGUGAGCAAACGUCAAACGUACAUUCGUUUCUUGCAAAAACUCGUGUUUUUUAAUGACUCGACUGAACUCUUGUCGCCCUGUUGUGGCACUGCCGUAUGAUGUUGCUCACAAUAAAUGCGUUAAUGGAGA